AUGACUAAUAAUAAUGACGGAAAUGAAGAAGAUUACAAUAGAAGCAGAAGAGACAUUUCUUCUGAUAGUGAAGAUGAAAAUAUAGAAAAUGAUAAAAUAAAUAAUUAUAGAAAUUAUAAUAAGUUUAAUAAAUUUCAUGAACAAAAUAUGAAUCCAUGUAAUGCUGAUGAAAUUUAUGUAGAUGAUAACUACGAUCAAAAUAAUAAUAAUUUAAGCAAUGUAAGAAAUGUAAGUAAUGUGAGCAAUGUAAGCAAUGUGAGCAAUGUAAGCAAUGUGAGCAAUAUAAGCAAUGUGAGCAAUGCAAGUAGUAUCAGCAAUGUUACAACAAAUCAUAGUAGUGUACAUGAUGAAAGAGAAGAAAUUGAAGAACGACAUGAUUAUGUUAGAAAUAGUCAAAAUAUUUUUUUAGAUAGAAACCAAACUGAAAAUAAUUUUGAAAUAAAUAAAGAUAUAAAUUAUAAUGAAGCAUAUUCCUAUAAAAAUUUAAGAGGGGUAGCAGAAAAUGAAAUAGAAUUAGUUAUAGAUAAUUUUUUUGGUAAAAUUGAAAGUAAUGAUGAAAUAUAUUCAGAAUGGAAAGUUUGUCCUAAUUUUAUUUUUAGAAUUUUAUUUAUACCAAAAACUAAAUCUAAUAAUUACAUGUAUCCAGUUUCAUCAGCUUUUGUUGAAACAAUGUCAAAAGAUGAUUGGGUGCAAGAUUGGGGAUUUAAUAAUGUACAAUAUUAUAUUAUAUUAAUUAAUCAAUCAGAUUAUAGAUAUUCAUUUUGUAAAAUAGAUAAUUUUAGUUUCUCUCAUAUAAAUACAGAUAGAGGAUGGCAUAAUUUUAUUCCUAUUGAUAAAAUACAAGAACAUGGGUUUAUAAAUAAAAAAGGAGAAAUAAUAUUAAGAGCUGGUGUAUUCCCUUUUGGUUCAGAAUCUUAUAAAAAUAGUAGAGAUAUAAAUUAUAAUAGUAAAAUACGAACAGGAUUUGUUGGUUUAAAAAAUCAUGGUGCUACAUGCUAUAUGAAUGCUUUGUUACAACUGUUAUAUCAUAUCAACAUUUUCAGAAAAUCUGUUUGUAUGAUGAUAUUUAAUAUUGAAAAUAUCAUUGGAAAUAAAACUCUUGAAUUUUUUAAAAAUAAAUUAGAAAAAAAAAAAAGAAAAAAACAAACCAAUAGACUUAAUAACCAUAUUACAGAAAUUGACCAAAAUUUUAAAUAUAAAAAUAAAGAAACUAAUUUUGAAAAAACAGAUAAAACAUCUUUAAAAAGGGAAAACCUUAAAGCAUAUCAGGCUUGGAAACAUCGAAAAAAAAAAAUUAAAAAAAAAUAUGACGAAAUUGUUAAAAGUGGCGAUAAUAACCAACCAUCUUUAUCAUAUAGCAAUAUAAAAAAUGAAACGAAUACAUCUAUAAAUAGCGUACAUGAUGAUAUUUCCAUUUCAAACAAAAAUCAACACAAUAAUAUCUCUGGAAAUGAACAAUAUAUUCAGCUUGCUGAUAUAAAAAAAGCAAAUAAUUAUGAAUAUAAAAAUUCGAUAAAUUAUAAUAACGAAAAUGGGAACGAAAAUGGGAACGAAAAUGGGAACGAAAAUGGAAACGAAAAUGGAAACGAAAAUGAAGAUCCCUCUAAUUAUAUAUUAGAUAAAAUAAAUUCCAUAAACAAUGGAAAUAAUAAUAUUUCAAAUAGUUUAGAUUCUGAAUUUAUUUUAAAAAAAAAUGAAAAUGUAAAAGAAGAAGAUAAUAUAAUAACUAAUAAUAACUAUAUUGAAUAUGAAGUGAAAAAUAAUAAAAAAAAUAAAAAUAAUCAAAUACAGGAGACAAAAAAAAAUUUAAAUAAAAAAAAAAAAAUUCUUAAAUCUUCAAGUGAAAUAGAAGAAAAUAAUGAUUCUGAAAAUGAAUCCAUGUCAGUUUCGCACAUCUGCUCUUCUGACAAUUUAUCAAACAAAAGCAAUGUCCGCCCAAAUCAGGCUCAAAACUGGAAUGGGAAUGGGAAUGGGAAUGGGAAUGGGAAUGGGAAUGAGAAUGAGAAUGGGAAUGAGAAUGAGAAUGGGAAUGAGAAUGAACACAUAAUAAGUGCUCACAAAAAUAGUAAAAAAGAAAACUACAGUUCCGUGCACAUUUCAAACAAUGAUAAAAACUAUCACACUAAUGAUGACCAUAUCCAAACGUCAAGCGGAGAAGGGUCAUAUAGAUGCACUGGUGACAAUAUUAGCGAUAAAAGUGAUAUAGAAAAUAUAAUUAAAAAACGAAAUAGUAUAAUAAAAAAUAAUGAAGAAAAAUCAGAAAAUUAUUAUGAUGUUAGUAGCUAUUAUGAUAGUUAUUCUGAUGAUAAUUUGUCAUCUCUUUCAAUAGAAUCUUCUUAUACAACCUCUUAUGUUAGUUGUUCUGAAUCAUCAGGAUCUUGCUUCUAUAAAAGAAAAAAAAAAAAAAAAAAAAAAACUGGAAAUACUAAUAUUGAUGGAAAUUAUUAUGAAAAUGAACGAACUAAAGAAAUAGAUUAUAAAAAUAUAUUAAUAGAAGAAGAAAAUGAAAAAAAAAAUAUUUUACCAACAUCUUUGGCUCUUCAAAAUUUAUUUUACAAACUUCAUACACAAAAUGAAGCUGUUUCAUGUAAAGAAUUAAUUAGAUCUUUUGGAUGGAAUGCAAAUGAUGUUUUUACACAACAAGAUACACAUGAAUUAUUAAAACUAUUAUUAGAUAAAGUAGAGGAGCAAAUGAAAGGUACCGUAGUUGAGGGUUCUGUCAAAAAAAUGUUCGAAGGUCAAGUUGAAACAUAUAUAGAAUGUAUAGAUAUAGAUUAUAAAAGUGUUAGAAAAGAAACAUAUGAAGAUAUUCAAUUAGAUGUACAAGGAUGUAAUAACAUCUAUGAAUCAUUAGACAAAGCAAUAGAAGCAGAAAUAUUAGAAGGUGAUAAUAUAUAUGAAACAGAUGGAUAUGGUAUGCAACGGGCUAAAAAAGGAAUGAGAUUUUUAAAUUUUCCAAAUAUUUGUAUUUUUUUAUUAAAAAGAUUUACAUUUGAUUUAAAUAAAAUGGAAACAGUCAAAUUAAAUAAUAGAUUCGAAUUUUAUAAAGAAUUAAAUUUGUCAAAAUAUUGUAAAAAUAAUGAACAAGAAUAUAUUUUACAAGCAGUAUCUGUACAUCAAGGAAAUAUGAAUAGUGGCCAUUAUUAUUCUUUUAGUUAUAAACAUGAUCAAAAAAUUUGGUUAAAAUGUGAUGAUGAUAAAAUAUAUAGAGUUAGUGAGCAUUCAGUUAUUAAUGAUAAUUUUGGAGGUUAUGAUAUAGAAAUCGAAAAUAACAUAUAUACAUAUAAUUUAUGUGAUAAAAUAAAACAAAGGAUGAAAAAUUAUAGUGCUUAUAUGUUAGUAUAUGUUAAAAAAUCAUUAAUACCUAAAUUAAUAAAAGAAUGUAAUCCAGCUAUAGUUAACCCCCAAGUUGUAAAAAGAUGUAAACUUGAAGAAACAAUUAAUAAACAUAGAAAUAAACUAAAACAAAAUAUUUUACAAUAUGUUAAAAUCAAAGUAUAUGAUAAAUAUAGUUAUAUUUAUAAAUCAUUUUCUGGAUUACCAUCAAAUAAUAUACAAUCUUUAUUUCAUACAAAAUUUAAUAAAAAUAAAACCCUUUCUGAUAUUUUUUUUCAAAUUUUUAAAAUAAUUAAAAAUAUUUAUACUAAAAAAAAAAAAAAAAAAUUAAUUUAUUUUUCUAAAAUACAUAAUAAAUCGAAUAAAAAACAAAAACUAAUAUCAUCACAUUCUGUGGUUAAUAAAUUAUAUAAUUCUACACAUCUCAAUCAAAGCAAUAAUAAUUUAACUUAUCAAAACAAUCAAAAUGAUUCUAUUAUUAUAUCACCAGGAAUUAAUACUAAUUACCACAUGUCUAAUGAAAUGGUAAUAGAUAAUGGAAACAACAAUUUAGACAAUGAUCAUAAUAAGAAAUAUGUUAAAAUGGAAAAAGCUGAUGAAAAAAGAUAUAACAAUAUAAUUUUCCACGAUAAUAAUAAUAAUAAUAGCAAACAUAAUGAUUUAAUUAUGAAAACACAAUUUUCUAAAAAUGGAAAUGUUCAAACAAAAGAUAAUUUUGAUGAUAUUUCAAAAAAUUCAAAUAAUCAAUCAGAUACAAGCAUAUCUACAGAAUCUUCUGCUCAUUCAGGAUGUACUAUAACUACUUUAGAUAAUUACAUUAAAUAUAUUUCUAAAAAACAAAAUUUAAAAACUGAAAAAAAAACACCAAGAAAUACCAAAAUCAGGCAUAAAAAGGCACCCAAAAAAAAAAAUAAAAUAAUAAAAAAAAACGAAAUAAUAAAAAAAAACGAAAUAAUAAAAAAAAACGAAAUAAUAAAAAAAAAUGAAAUAAUGAAAAAAAAUGAAAAAAUAAAAAAAAAUGAAAUAAUAAAAAAAAAGCAUAUCCAAAAUAAUCAUUCUCACUAUUCAAAAUUUAAAUCUAAUUCAUCUUAUGAUUCAGAAGAUACUGCAUCUAAUUCAUUUAGUUCGGAUGAUUCAUCACAUACUUCCCAUUCAGAUCAUUUUUCAGAUUCUGGAAAUAUUUCAACAAACACUGCAUCUAACACAACUACUACAUCACCUCCCGUUUCUUCGUCUUCUUCUUCUUCUUCCUCUUCUUCCUCUUCCUCAUCUUUUGCAUCAACAUCUUCAUCUUCACAGUUUUCGUCAUAUUGUUAUUCAAAUAAAAGAAAUUGUUUUUUUGUUUUGAUUCCAACAAAUGAUACAUAUAGAUAUCUACCACUAGAUCUCAAAAAUAAUGGAAAAUUAUAUUUAUAUGAAUUACUUAAAAAAACCAAUAGAGAACCAAAUGAUUUAUUCCCAACAAUCGAUAUAUUAUAUCUUCCUUAUAAUAAACGAACUGCUAUUUCUGCAUCUAGAGGUUCUAAAAAUAAAAAUAUAUUACUUUUUUUAAAAUAUUUUGAUAUAUAUGCAGAAGAAAAUAUAAAUGACACAUCAUUAUUAUGUCUAGAUGUUAUACAUUGUGAUAUAAAAUUAAAACCCAAACAUUUAGAAACUAUAAUGAUAAAUAAAGUGUUAAAAGCAAUGAAUAAACAAUAUAUAACAAAACAUAAUUAUAAUAUUUUAAAAGAAUAUGUACAAAAUAGUCAUAAUCAUAAUGACAAUAGUAAUAGUAAUAAUGAUUCAUGUUCAGAUGAUUCGACUAAUUUUAGUAUUUUUGUGGAAUAUAAAAAUAAAUGCAAUUUAAUAAAACAAAAAAAAACUAUUGCACACAAUAAAAUUAUUACUAGUGAUUUAUUAAUAUUUAAUUUUAUUAGCAAUUAUGAUUUAGAAAAAAAAAAAAAAUUUUUUUUUUCUUUAGGAAACAAAAAACAAGAUCUAUAUAUUACUAAAGAAAAUAUAUCAUCUUAUGAUCUCUUUUUAAAUGCAAAUAUAUUAAAUAAAAUUUUUUAUAGAAAAAAAAAAUUAAUAAAAAAAAAUUCAAUAAAUACACAUUAUAUAAUAUGUAAUCGAAAUGGUAUAUUUUAUAAAAUUCAAGAUAACACAAAUGAAAUAAAUAACAUUGCAAUAAUUCAGCAAGAUCAAAAACAAGAAAAUAUAUUAUAUUCGGAUUCGAAUAAUUUAUGCCAAAAUAUAAACAAUAAUUAUUUUGAUAAUAUAAAUAAAAAUAUAUCACAUCAAAAUUCUGUUCAAUGUAAAGAUAAUAACAAAGAUGAAAUUAUCACAAAUUCUAAAUUAAAUUAUUCAUCUAAUAGACAAAAUCAAAUUUCAAAUUUUUCAGACAUGUCAAAAUCGACACAAAACCACGAUUCAAUAAAUCUUAAUAUAUUAAAUAAUAAUAAUAAUGACAAUUUAAAUGAUCAUGAAAUAAAUAAUUUAUAUUUAUGUCUAAAAAAAUACACUAAAAAUUCUGAACAAAGUCAUAUUUUUUAUGAAUAUAGCUUGAUUGAUCAGAAUUUAGCUGAUAAAUUAGAUCAAUUUAUAAUUAACAAUAAUCGCUAUAUUUUGAAAGAAAAAAAAAAAUAUAGUAUUCAUCCCGAAUCUAUUUUGCAUAAUACUCAAAAUAUAUUUUCUCUUGAAUCGAAAGAUAUAUGUCGUGAUUAUCAAUAUCCGUUUUAUUCUCCACAUUCAUCUGAUUUAUCAUCUAUUGAGUUUGAAACAUUGGACUGUAAUAAUGAAAUGGCUAGCUCUCCUGACCUCACUUUAAAAAAAAAAAAAAAAAAAAAAAUCAGAAAAAAAAAACACACACAAAAUACUAACCAAAACAAUACAAAUAUCAAUGAUGAAACAACUCAAAUUAUAAAUAAUAUAAAUUAUUGUGAUUCAAAUUCAUGCUUUCCUAAGAUUGAAAAAAAUAUAAUAAACAUUACCAACUUAGGAUCCCAUACAAUAAAAAAGGCACAUUGUUAUUAUUAUAAUUCUCGAAAAAAUGAUGACAUAAUUGAUUCAUUAGAAAAUUUAAAUGAAUCUAAUAUUAGUGCACUAUUAAUGUCAAAUGAAAACGGUCCAUCUAAUGAAUUAAUAGAUGUAAAUUAUUCAGAUAUAUCUUCUCGUUCUUCUGCUAAUUCUGUUUUAACUUACACAUCUGAAAGUACAGAUUAUUAUCUAGAUAUUAUUGAAGAAGAAUUAGCAGAAUCUGUUUAUACUAACAAAAUUUAUGACCACAAAAAAGAAGCAAAACGGGUUCAAAGGAAUAACAAAAAAAAAAAAAUUAAAAAUUUUAAUAAUAUAAAAAAUCAAGAUGAAGAAUACACACAAAACAAUCUUUAUAAUAAAAAAACGAAUCUUUCUUUAUCAGAAUAUGACCAAGUCAUAAAUAAAUCCGAAUUAAUACCAAACAAUUAUAAUAAUAUAGAGACACCAAAUGAUUCUAUAUAUAAUAUGGAAUCACAUCUAGAUAAUAUUCAUUAUGAAAAAAAUAUCCAAAUUAAAAGCAUAGAUAAUGUCCCCAAAAUAAAUGACCAAAUUGAUGACUCAAAUAAUAUAGGGAUUAAUUUAAUUUCUAAUAAUACUACAUUACACAUAGAUGUAGAUUCUAUAAAGGAUAGAACCCAUUCUUAUAAUAAUGCUAUACCAAAAAUGAAAAACAAUACCAAUGAUAUGAAUGAUGAUGAUGAUAAACCUAAUAAUCAACAUAUUGAUAUUGAUCAAAAAUUUAAAAAUAAUCAUCUCAGUAAAAAAGCAAAUAGAAUCAUUAAAAAAUGUGGAGGUAUACCAAGCAAAGAAGAACCCAUUUUACCUUUUUAUGUUAUAUGUGAUUAUUUAGAUUAUGUAGAAAGAAAAAUGUAUGUUAACAGAUUCAGAUUUAAAUUAUAUGAUCCUAUAUAUCAAUUAGGAAAAUAUCGAAAUUGUUCAGGUGUUAUAUUAAAAAGUGAUUUAAAAAAAAGUUGUUUAAAUUAUAUUGAUUCACAUUUCUUAUUUUUAAAAAAAGAAUUAUGUAAAAUUGAUUUAGAUAUAGAUAUUAGAUGUCCAACAAAACAAAUAUUUAAACAUGUAUGCUAUAAAAUGAAUAUUGAUCCUACUCAUAUAUUAAUAUAUCCUUACCCCCCAUUAAAUAGUCCAAUUAAUUUCAUUCCAUAUAAUAUAGAUUCAUUUACUUGCCCACCUGAACACGAAAAUGAUUCUUAUCAUCAAUAUUCUGACAAUAUGAAUUGUAAUGAUCCUAAUUAUACAGAUGUAAACACAAAUUCUGCAUCUGGACAAAUUUCUUUUGAAACUUUAAUAAAACAACGCACCAUGGAAUUAGAACAUAAUUCUUUAACUGAACAAAAAACAUUUUGUUUAUCUUUGUUGCCAUUUCAUUAUAAAUAUUUUACAAGACUAUAUCCUCAUGAUUCUCCAAAAUAUUUUCAUUAUGUUAUUCAAUUAUUUAAUUCACAUGUACAAUCUGUUUCUGCAUUUACUGGUCAUAUUAAAUUGAAAAGGCCAAAAAAUAAAUAUAUCAUAGGUAAUGGUAACGAUUUGAAGUCUAAUAACUAUUACAACUUAGAUGCAGAAAGUGUCGAUUCUACAUCUAGUUCAGAUAAUUCUAGUAGCACCUUUGCUAAUAAUGAAUAUGAUUCAAAUGAUUAUACCACCGUUCAAGAUCUAAUAGAUAAAAUCAAGUUAGAAAUGAAUCCAUAUUUAAAAAAAAGAGGAAUCAAUCCAAAACAUAAAUUUAGAUUAUUAUUUACCUUUGGACCUAAAAUUAAAUAUUUGAACAGCAACGAACAAUUAAUACAUCUGGAUUUUGUAAAAACAAAUCACAUUAAAAAUAUAUAUGUAACUCCCCUUCGAAUGGAGCCAGACUUUACGGAUCAACAGAAGCAGAUGCUCGAAGCGAAUCAAUUGAAGAUAAUUCACGUCUUUAAUCAAACCCCAUCCAAAGAAGUUUUCGGAUACAGUUUUGACGUUUUAGUAGAGCCUAAUGAUACUAUGCUAGAAAUAAAGAACAAAAUACGAAAGAGAACAAUUUUACCGAAAUAUAUAUUUGACAAAAUUACAUUCUUUGAAUAUGAAAAUGGCCAAAGAAUUUGGAGAUCUAACGACGAUAUUAUAAACUGGAAUAACAAGCAAUAUGCCAUUAUCAUUGGAGAGCAUCAUGCCCCAUCGCAAUCAAAACCACAAAUAGGAAUGAAAAUAGCAUAG